AUGGCUUCCACUCCAGAAAUGCCACCGGAGACCUCGUUGCCCUUUGGUGUCUUUUCUCCUCCACGAGAUGCCUACGAAUGGAAGAGAGCCCUCGCCGAUGUGAAAUGGCUAUGUCUCAACCAGCAAUACAAACAAUGUGCCAUGCGUUGCAACCAGCUCAUAGAGACUGCUUCUAGUCCACUCCAUCCGAUCAGUGCGACCUACCUCCACUAUUAUGCAGCCAUCUCACAUGAGUUUAUGGGACGAACAGCUCACAUAUUUUCGGCUGUCAAGAUCCCGCUUCUGACUGAUGCCAUGGAGCGGUUUCAGACUGCCUAUGAGUCUCUGCCAGCUACUAUCCCAGCCCCGGUUCUGAAUCCCAACCAGACCUACUCGCCAGUUACUUUUCUUCAUUCGCCUACCUUGUCUGCCCGGUCUUCCUCGAGUGCUAUCGAGUGGAGUCCCGCGCAUUCACCGGACCAUGGCGUCACUCCUGUUACUGGUCCUGGUCCAAAUGCUGAAGCUCUGUCAGUUCGGAAUCUGUCCGCUUUUAAUGCUAGGAUGGUUCAAACUCCUCCUGCGCCUGUACCUGCCCCUUCUCCCUCUCGCGCCUCAAGCUCAUCUAUGACCACUGACUUUUGUAUCACUCCACCUCCUGCUCCUGCUCGAGAAGUCUUGCGUUUUGACCAUGACGCCCCUCCCCCGGCCUUUCAUAUCCCUCCUCCGACCCGGCCUCCUCCUCCACCACCAUGCGAGGCUCCUGCUCGCCCAGCUACGAGAGAUCAAUUGCUCUCUUUUAACAGUGCCAGAGAUAGACUUCCCAACGGGGCAUCUAUCGUCCGAAACAUUGCCCGGAUGAUUGAUAACUCUAUGAUCGCAGCAGCCGACGACCCUUUUCUGACUCGUGCGCCGCCAAACUUUGCCGAUCCAAAGCGGCCACCAUUGCGUCUGUCUCCAAUCAAGUUCCCAGUCGAACUUGACGAUCCAGUGAAGCGUCGCGAGCUCAUUCCAUCCCCGCUUGCAAUUCGGAAGAGCUCCGGCGAAGUGCACAUUAAUCCAUGGAGGCAAAGAGCAACAAACGUCUAUGAAAGAGGUGAUUCGACCCGGCCGAGCUCGCCCUCCCCGGCUGCCCUGGGGAUAGUCCCAGCCGGACAUCUGAAUGCUAACACAGAGAAGAAGAGUUAUUCAAUCCGAGCACCGCGGCCAAAGCGUCCGACUCCGUUCUUCCCUUCGCCCAUGACCAUGACUCCAUCGACACCAACCCCCGUUCCGCGAAAGAAGAUGCCCCCCCUCACCUCCCCAUUCGUCAGCCGCCCAGCCUCGCCAGGGCAGGAGAGCGUCGGCUCGCCCUCUUUGCAGUCGAGAAAGCCCUCCCCCGCGCCUGUCAGCGCCGAACGCGCCGCCCAGAUCGAUAACUUCAACAACGCUGUCAAGUGGCUCCGCGAGCACAUUCCCGCCGAUAUUACCGAGCUCCGCAAGCAGAUCAAGCAUGUUUCGGAUAUGCAGCAUGCCCGUCACUCUCGCAACACGACUAUGGCUCGCUCUGCCUCCUUCUGGACGUUUUCUCCCGUGAAGCCUAGCACUUCCGGCGGACCCCAGGAACCUCCUGUGAUUGAGGGGCCUAGUCUCGAUGAGUAUGGAAACAUUAUUCGGGUUGAGACUAAGGCGCAGCGCAUCAAGCGGCUCAGGGAGGAGGAUUGGAGGAUUGGUAUUCAGUCGAAGCACAGUCACUGGAAGGGGACUGAGCACUACGAUAACCUUUGCGAGGAUGCUUUGGCGGAGCUUGGUGAGACAGGUUAUGGAUCCCGGGACUGGUUGCAGCGGUGA